CCCCCUGCUGCUGCUCUUCACAGAGCUCAACCCAAAAUUCUCAGCCAUUGUUGAGGGUUUAUCAGGAGUUUUAGCUGAUAAAUCCCAACUACAUUGCUAUCUUGGGUGUUGUUUGUGGUGAUUUGAGGAUGGGUUGUGGUAAAGGUGUGGUUUUGCUUCAUUUGUUGCUUGUUUUGGUGGCAUUUGUUGUUGUUGAUGCUGGGCAUGAUUAUGGGAAGGCUCUGAGUAAGAGCAUUCUCUUCUUUGAGGCUCAGAGGUCUGGGUACCUUCCCAAGGAUCAGAGAGUUGGCUGGAGAGGCAACUCUGGACUCUUGGAUGGAAAGGCCAGUGGGGUGGAUCUGGUUGGAGGAUAUUAUGAUGCAGGGGAUAAUGUGAAAUUUGGGCUCCCAAUGGCCUUCACCAUUACCAUGAUGUCUUGGAGCAUUUUGGAAUAUGGUAAGCAAAUGGGUGGAAGUGGAGAGCUAGGGCAUGCCAUUGAGGCUGUGAAGUGGGGCACUGAUUACCUUAUUAAGGCUCAUCCUGAACCUGAUGUUCUCUAUGGAGAGGUGGGCGAUGGGAACACCGAUCAUUAUUGCUGGCAGAGGCCGGAGGACAUGACAACAAAUCGACAAGCAUACCGGAUCGAUGCAAGCAACCCCGGCUCAGACCUUGCCGGUGAGACUGCUGCAGCAAUGGCAUCAGCUUCCAUUGUUUUCCGGCGAUCCAACCCGGCCUAUUCCAACCAAUUGAUCAACCAUGCCAAGCAGCUCUUUGAGUUUGCGGAUAAGUACAAGGGAAAGUAUGACAGCAGUAUUAGAGUGGCUCAGAAAUACUACCAAUCUAUCAGUGGAUAUGCUGAUGAGUUGCUCUGGGCUGCUGCGUGGCUGUAUCAAGCUACCAAUGACAAUUACUACCUAGAUUACCUCAGCAACAAUGGUGAUGCACUUGGUGGAACUGGUUGGGGCAUGACUGAGUUUGGUUGGGAUGUUAAAUAUGCUGGUGUUCAGGUCCUUGCUUCCAAGUUCCUUCUUCAAGGAAAGGCUGGUCAUCACUCAUCAGUCUUGGAGAGGUACCAGCAAAAGGCCGACUACUUUAUGUGCUCAUGCUUAGGAAAGGGCACCCGCAAUGUUCAGAGAACACCCGGAGGGUUGCUUUUCCGGCAGAGGUGGAACAACCUUCAGUUUGUAACAGGCGCAUCGUUCCUAUUGACUGUGUACUCAGACUACCUUGCUUCUUCCGGAAAGAAUGUGCAAUGCCCUUCUGGAACUGCCACACCUUCUGAACUUCUAUCUUUCGCCAAGUCUCAGGUAGAUUACAUACUUGGGGACAAUCCGAGAGCAACGAGCUACAUGGUGGGUUAUGGUAGCACAUACCCACAACAAGUUCAUCAUCGUGCCUCAUCAAUUGUGUCCAUCAAGGUCAAUCCCUCAUUUGUGAGCUGCAGGGGAGGGUACCAAACUUGGUACAGCCGAAAGGCCAGUGAUCCUAACCUCCUAGAUGGUGCUAUUGUUGGAGGACCUGAUGCCUAUGACAACUUCGCCGAUGAGAGGGACAACUACGAGCAGACUGAGCCUGCAACCUAUAACAAUGCUCCUCUUCUUGGGGUCUUGGCUCGUCUCAAUGGUGGCAAUGGUGGCUUCAAUCAGCUUCUUCCUGUUGUUGUUCCUGCUCCAAAUGUCCCGGCUAAAAAGGAAAAGCCAAUUUCUUUGCCACAGCCUCAGCCUAAGCCUAUGCCAUCUCCUGCUCCAGUUACCAAAGCAUCAUCACCAUUCACCAUUGUACAAACGGCAACAACAUCUUGGAAUGCCAAGGGUAAGACAUACUACCGCUAUUCGACAAUUGUGACAAACAAAUCAGCAAAGACAGCAAAGAACAUCAAUAUAUCCAUUUCAAAACUAUACGGUCCAAUCUGGGGGCUGAGCAAGGCUGGCAAUGGCUACUCAGUCCCAACCUGGCUCAGCUCCUUGCCUGCCGGAAAGAGCUUUGAGUUCGUUUACAUUCACUCAGCCUCUCCAGCCGACAUUUGGGUUUCAGAAUACACACUAGUGUGAAGAAAAUCACCUCCAAACUCUCCGAAAAAGACAACAAGGAUAAAACAGAAAGAAUUUGGUUUGUGUUUUUGUGGUUGCAGUGCUUAUGGUUGUGCAGCAAAUACAGCUAUGCUAGAGGAGGCUUCUUUUUACAGUCAAGUCUCCCUUUACCUCAUCUUGUGUUAGUUUUAGGAGUGUUUAGCUUUUAUAUAUUUAUAUGUAUGUUAAUAAGAAUUGUAGAGGAUUUGUGGAGAAAGGAGUGAAGAGACAUAAAUGAAAGUGCUCAUCCUCUUUCUCCACUGCCUUCAUUAGAGGUAUCCAUUAUAGAACUAUUUGAGUGAGAUUGAGAAAGAAGAGUUUUGGUUGAGAGGCUUGUGAAGUGGUCCUCAAUUCCAUCUCUUUAAAUGAGUUUGUUUUGCUUUAAAACUUGCAUUUGUUGUAAGCUUUGUCUUCUUCCACUUUUUAAUCAAAUGAAGAGUUUGUGUUAUCA